GCCAUGAUAGGCAAGAUCACCGCUGCUGCGGUGUCCUUCAUCUCCAAGUUCCUCGGCACCAAGGGGCUCAACCAUAAGAUGGAUGAUUGGACAGGCAGCUCAGCGGCUUGGACUGAGAGUGAAGAGUUGUUCAGGUUUCUCCCAAGUGAACUCACACUCUGGGUUGUGUUUUACAGGAUUGGAGAGGAUGGCUCCAUCUGUGUGCUGUAUGAAGCAGGAGGUAGCACUCAAAACAACACCAACGGGAAAAUGGUAGACAGCAGAAUCAGCUGUAAGGAGGAACUUCGCUUGGGAAGAACAAGCCCUUCCAAAAAGUACAAUAUAAUGACUGUCUACUGA